UGCGGUUUUGGAACAGGGUGUAAAUGCAUCUAUAGGGAAGGGCUCUGGGUUCCUCAGAGUAGCUGUACUGUCGACACUGACAAUGGAGGUGGUGGGAAGUGCUCAUUGGGUAGUAGUGGUGGCAACAACAGGAAAACUCCGUAUGAAGGUAGAGGAGGAGGAGGAGGUGCAGGCCCUGGCCCUGGCGCUGGCGGCAGCGAUGGCCACGGAGAGGAUGAUCAUGAAGAAGAGGAGUUUGGGCCAGUAAUGAAGUUUGAGGAAGUGAUGAAAGAGGCUGAAGCUCGUAGGGUUAGUCUUCCUUCGGACAUGUUACAAGCGGCUAAAUCCAUUGGGCUCCGCGAAGUUGUUCUUGUCAGAUACUUGGAUUUGCAGGGGUCAAUUUGGCCUGUAGGCUUUGCCAUGAGAUCCUGUUCAUGGCUUCGCAACCGAAUGCCUGCUGAUCCAUCUUUCCUUUUCAAAGUUGGAACAGAGGUUGCCAUUGACUCUUGUUGUGCCCACGAAAGGAAAAGUCUAGAGGAUCAGUGGCAAUCUUGCAAUUUCAGACAGAUGGAAACAAUGGAGAAAUUGAAAUUCCAGCAACUAGUGUAUGCACCAGAAGAGAAUAGAUGCCAAAAUACUGACCUGAUUUGAUGGUGACAAGAUGAAGAAGACUUGAGGAGAAGUAGAAGGAUAUAGGCCAAACAUCUCACCUGGAAUUAGAUUGAAAUCCCAUCAACAUACCUUAGCAUCUCGCAACACUAUUCUGAGUCUCACAGAACAUUGGAGGCGAAAGUCAACUAUUCAACUAGUAAAACUGUGGGGCUUAUGAAGCCUUAAAAUGCUUAUAUAGAAAUUGAAAUAGGGAAGAAGAAAGUAGGAAACUCUAUCCGAAGUAGGAAUAGAUUUCCCACAUGACUAAAACUCUAUCUUAUCUAUUUGAGGGAAAUUACACUUCCCUCAUCUAAAAUGUAAAAGACAAGUUUACCCCCCACUAAACCUGUUAAGUGAAUUAAGAUUCUCUGGAUAUUCCCCAUCUUCUUCAUUCACACAAAUUAAAACACAGGACCCUUACAGUUCUGCAACCGUCCACAACCGCCACUGGUUGGCGACCCUUGUGCGCUGCCGCUGGCUGCUUGAAGUCCAGAGAGGUCUGAAACGGUGGCAGGUACAGAAUCUUAGAGCUGGAAUUAAGCAGCUCCCAUUGAACGCAGGGAUGAAGACGGCGGCAGGGGAUAGGGUGAAAUCUUUUUAUCACAAGGAUUUUGUGAUUGACCAAGACGACCAUUGGAUUCUGCAGGAAUGGAAGGGACGAAUUAUUUAUGUGCUUACCACAUGGAAACCUGCCUAGGAUUCCUAAAUUCUUGUUUACUUUUGUCUGUUCCAGGGAAGGGCUGGACCACUAUAGGAGACUGGACUCCUGAAAUUCUUCUAUGGGCUUAGUUCCCUAGAAGUCCUGAGGACUCAGAGAAUGCCUGUAGGGUAUAUGUUAGCUUCUGGGUUGGAAUUGUAAUGCAUUAUGCCUUUAAUUUUUUCACUUAGAACUCUGAGAUUUUCGUGCCUUAAGAAUUGAGAUGAUUUAUGCAAUUUAUCAUAUAUAAGAAGUCAGAUUGACAACUCCAUAAUGAUAGCUUUAGCCUUCUAUCUUGGAUGGAGAUAAGAGUUAGGUUUUAUGGUUUUAAAUAGCAGAAAAACAAGUAGAAGAGAGAGAUCGGGUCUAUAAAAAAGAAUUCACGGCUUCAAGGGAUUGAUCUUUAAGCUGUCACCUGUGAGAGAUGACCAGUUCAAGAUCAAACUGAACUCCCAGCCAUCAAAAUCCUCUAAAUAUAUUUACGCCUUUCUUAAGUUCUGCUACAUUUGGGCAGCAGUGAACUCAGAACACUACGAUGAUCGUCAUUGGUUGUCGCCAGAGUGACAAUGUUGGUCGUGAGAGACUUCGUCCGUUGUCGCCAGAGUGAUGGUUCACAGCAGAAGGUUGUUGGUCAAAUGUCCUUUGACAGGGUAGGCAGGGUUCUUCGGUGGUUGGGAAGAAGAAAAGGGGUAUUUUGGGUUUGGGUUGAAAGGGUAGAAGAGGUAGUGCAUAAGAUUGAAAAGGUAAUUUUGGAAACUCACAUAACAUAAGGGUAGUUUGGGGAUUAAAAUGAACAUGGAUAGGUGGCAUCAUCUCUUAACAGUGUUCUUCUUACAGACUGGAUACAGUUGAAAGAAUCUUCAAAACUUAAGGGAAGGGAGUGUCAUUUCCCAAAACAUAGGGGAGCGGGGUGAAAUUCGAGCAUAGUACAGGGGAGGGGAGUGUAAUUUCCUCUAUUUAUUUAGUUAGAAUAGGUGUCCCAUAUGACAAACUCUAUCCAAACUAGGAGGAAUAGUUCUAUUAAGUGAAGAAUAUCCAACCAUUACAAGUAAAGAGUGAAACAAUAAAACAAUGAAAUAAAAUUACAGAAGCUAAAUUAAGAAAGUAAAUCCCGUAUUCUUACCUUGUACCCAUAUUUUAGGUCCAUUAAAGCGGCCUAUUAUAAAGAAAACCUAUUGGAGAAAAGGUCUAACACAUAUAUAACCCACCUCAAGGCAUAUUCCCACUAAAAUAAGCUCAAUUAUUGUUAACUUUCCCCAGCUUGAAAAAGGGUUGUCCAUGAGUUUUGUGGUGACGACAUAUAACAGUUCUGCGAUGUAUCUUCCACGGUAGAAUUUUAUGCAUGUUGUUUCUCGUCUUUAAAAUCUUCAUGUUAAAUCGUCUGUAAAUUGCUACUACAAGUUUUGCAAUGUAUCUUGUCAUUGUAGUCUUCUUUGAUUUCUUCAUAUUUAUCCUCGACCUUAAGCUCUAGCUCUUGUAGCGAAGGAAAAUCUUCUGGCUUGCAAAGAAUUUGAUAUUCACCAUGAAUCAUAGAUGUCUCCUCUUUGCCUUCACAAUACAAAUCAAACUUAUGUAGGAAAACUAGAUUCUCCUCUGUUGGGGCAUCCAAACUGAUGAGAUCCUUUUCUUUAGCUGCUUCCUUCGUUUAUUUGAUAUAAUCAUAUUAAAUGACAUUGCUAAUUUACAUAUAUUGCACACAUAAGUAGGUGCUUAGGUUCCCCUUCAAUGCCUUGGGUUGCAUAGUCGCUUUGGCAACUAAUAUGCAUGAAACAAAUAACCUAGUUAGUCGGUUUUCACUCGUAUUAAUACUGUCUCGGCAGACAAUUUCAGUUGGAGUCCUAAAAUGAAACCAGCUCUUUAACCUUCAUAUCCCCUGGAUAUGCUGAUUGGGUUUAAUUGCCAAGAGUUCGGUUCAUCCACUUUGAUGUAGGUCUAAGGGAUGGCCCACAAAGUUACUCUUGACUCUUUAAUUGUGAAUCAGGAUUCUGACUUCGCAGACAGAGCUGUGAAGGUUCCAACAUUGAUGUAUUAUAUUACCCAUUAGUCUUGUUUAAGUACUUAUUCUCAACUAUUUCUUCUUGUUCAGAGUAUUCGAGGUUAUACGGGGUCUAUUCUGUUGCCUCGGGUACUACUAAAGAUCUAACUGGUUUAUGAUGCCAUCAUGCAUGUGUUUUUUGCGCUGUUUCUUCUAGUACCCGCAAUCAUAUUAUGGUUGGCUUUGAACACCUGGUUGAAGCAUCACCUAUGGCAAAGAGAGAGCCAUUUGUUGCAAAGGGAAUCACUAGCGUUUUGCGACUUGCUAACAAUAAUUAUGGCCGUAAUCAGUUCAAGAACUGGGCCAGUGUUGGUAGCGGGCAGCGUAUCAGAAACCUGGUUGCAAGUGAGGUUUCGGAGACGUGCCAGGGUGAUAUUAAAUACACUUAAAUAAACAUAGACGUGCCUAUGAUACAUGCAAAACUCGAGUUUUCUAGGAUUGUAGGUCGUAAAUAAGCUAUAGCACCCAACCAAUGUCAGGUUAUCUGUCUCUGUGACAUCUUUGUAAUUUAAUUUGGCAUUGGCAACUGUAAUAUCAGACAUACGAGUAAUAAGUGAUUAAGCAGGAAGGUUUGCAAAAGAAAA